AUGGACGGCAGCCCGACAACGCGGCCAGCAUCCCAGCUGAUUGCUGGGUUUGCGUCGCCUUCGACCCCGACUGGUGCACGAAGUGUUAUGCAACAAUCUGUUCUAUCAGUACGGCCUCAGCAGCCACCGCAGCCGACACACGAUGCGGAGAAAGAUGAGUUACGAGUACAAAUUAGUACCCUGACAUACGAGCUUGCGAGCAUCAAACAGGAGCGUGAAAUGGAGGCUAUUCGGUAUGAGAAAGAGACUCGAAGUCUUCAGUUGAAAGCGGAUGCGGACUUCAGAAAGGCGCAGGCGGCCGAGUCUGCGAGUCUCCGUGCUAGUACUAAGACCGAAGCGUUGACGAAAGAAUUGAAGGAAGCCCAAGAACAAUCACUCAAUGACAAAUCGGGGUUGGAACGCAAGAUUCGAGACCUGCAGGACGAAAAACAGAAUCUUCAGGAGGAGCUCAAUGACACUGAGGCCCAAUUAUCCGACAGAGAGCGCCAUUUCAAGUACCAGAUUAACGAACUUGAAACGGUUCGCGCUUCCCUUCAGAAAACAAUUGAGGAGCUCCAAAACGAUCUACUGGAGGCGCGCAACUCCCAGCAAAUGACCCAGGAAAAGCUAUCUCAACGUGAGGCCGAAGUGGCCGAUCUUGAAUCACAAAAUAUCCAACUGAAGGCCGAAGGUAGCGAUGCGGAAGCGUUGGCAGUUCUGAAGCGGGGGCUUUCGGACCAGGUCAACCACAUCCGCGAGCUGGAAACAAUGAACCGCGAUCAAGCGGCAGAACUGCGCCAUCUACGAAAGGUCCAGAAGAAUGUGGAAGUGGUCGAGGAGCAAAAGAGGUCACUUGAGAACCAGCUGCAAUUGAUGAGCGGGCUGGAAGCGGAACUUGGCACUGUGCACAUUCAGAAACAAGUCCUAGAGGAUGAGCGCCAAUCGUGGGUUAGCCUUCUACAAGAUAAUGACCAGCCCGCGGAGUUCGAUUCUCCGGAGGCAGUGGUGAGAGGUCUUCUCCAGGAGCGAAUUGAAAAGGCAACCCUGGUUGACCGACUUGGAACAAUUGAUGCGCAAUUCCUGGAAAAGGAUGAAGUGAUCAAACGUCUCGAGAAAGAGAAGACCCAGCUCCGUCAAGAGCUGGAAAAGCUCCGCAUUGCAGGAAGCGUUUCUGCAAGCGCAGCAGCACCAGUCCCAGCAGAGGCUCGGGUCCGUUCUCGGCUGGAGCGACAGCGCGCUCUCGCAGUGAAGGAGGUCGAAUAUCUCCGCGCGCAGCUCAAAACUUUCGACACCGAGGAAGAGACUAUGAACACGGAACAAGGCACAUACGAUGAACAAAAGUCGACGCAAAUAGCACAGUUGGAACAACUUGUUGACGAGUACCGUGGCGAGCUUCAAAAGGCCCAUGAAGAAAUCUCGAAGCAGGAGGUGCCUCCACACCAGGAAGAUACUCAAGCCCGCGGAACAAAGCGUCCUCUGUCACCCGCCGACAGUGACGCCGAAAGCGAGCGUCUCGCCGUCUUGACUCGGAAGAACCGCAAGCUGCAAGAGUCCCUCUCGAAAUCAGAGCAGGCCACAACUCUCGCGAAACGGGAACUUGACGCAGCCAAAUCCCAAAUCAAGUCCCUGAAGUCCAAAUCCCGUACACGCAUCCUCGAACUGCGUGAUAACCCGACUGCUGACGCGGAGAAGAUCAAAUUGUCAACUCUGACAACCCUCCGCUCUGAGAACCAGGCUCUCCUAGCCCAGCUCCGUGGCGAACAUUCUGGAGUGAAAGUCGUCCCUGUUAGCACACUCGACAGCCUCAAGCUCGAGAUGCAGGACAUGGAGCGCGUCGUGGCAGAUAAGGAGAAGCGCAUGCGCCGUUUCAAAGAAAUCUUCACCGCAAAGUCCUCCGAGUUCCGCGAAGCCGUCGCCUCGUUAUUGGGCUACAAGCUCGACUUCCUGCCGAACGGUCGGGUCCGCGUCACGUCGAUGUUCCAUCUAUCUGCCGCAUACCGUCACGGUGACAGCGAUUCCCCCUCCGAAUCCCGCGGGCCUGGUAGCAUGGGCAAUGGCGAGGAGAACUCGAUUGUGUUUGACGGCGAGAACGGCACAAUGAAAAUUUCCGGUGGGCCGAAUAGCCUUUUCGCGCUGGAGAUCAAACCUUUGAUCAAGUUCUGGGUUGAAGAAAGGAAAGAUAUUCCUUGCUUCCUGGCGGCGAUGACUCUCGAUUUCUAUGAUAAGACAACCAGGGCUGCCAGGAUAUAA